AUGAAUUUCUCCACUCGCCACUACGUUAUGAUUGCCUUCGCCGUUUUAAACCUGGUCAAUCAAGGUUCCGCAUACGACCCCUCGGAAGUGCCGUGCGCAUGGGGCUUUAGUAGCACCGGACAUUCCGUUUGCAAUGACGGCAAAUAUCAAUACGUUUAUGAAAAUGCGCAAUGCCACCGCCCUCACCCAAACCAACCUACUGUGGGCGUCGAUUGUAAGGCCGGGAGCGACGGCCAGGUCCCCCCUCCGGGCGUCACGUGCGACUAUUAUUCGCUUAAAUACUUCAAAGAUUGGCAUCGCAUUUAUAUUGAUUGUACUAACGUUUCUUCAGACCCCUCCCAGAGUUCAAUAGAUUAUCAUUGUGGAAGUAUGGACAACAUCCCACAUUGUUACGGUGCCUACGUCUCCAGAGACCCGCUACCAAAGAUAAUUCCUUAG